AUGCGGGGCAAGGAUGAUGAGUACGACUACCUCUUCAAAGUUGUGCUCAUCGGGGACUCUGGGGUGGGGAAGAGCAACCUGCUCUCACGCUUCACCCGCAACGAGUUCAACCUGGAGAGCAAGAGCACCAUCGGGGUGGAGUUUGCCACAAGGAGCAUCCAGGUGGACAACAAGACCGUGAAGGCUCAGAUCUGGGACACGGCCGGGCAGGAGCGGUACCGGGCCAUCACCUCAGCGUACUACCGGGGGGCGGUGGGAGCUCUGCUCGUCUACGACAUCGCCAAGUACCUGACGUACGAGAACGCCGAGCGCUGGCUGAAGGAGCUGCAGGACCACGCUGAUGCCAACAUCGUCAUCAUGCUGGUGGGCAACAAGAGCGACCUGCGGCACCUGCGGGCCGUGCCCACCGAUGAGGCCAGGAGCUUUGCAGAGAAGAACGGGCUGUCCUUCCUUGAGACGUCUGCUUUGGACUCCACCAACGUGGAGACGGCUUUCCACAACAUCCUCUCGGAGAUCUACCGCAUCGUGUCACAGAGGCAGAUCACCGGGCAGCCGGAGUCGGAGUUCGGCCCCACCACGACCAUCGAGCCCAUCCGGGUGCUGCCCACGCAGCAGGAGGGCAGGCAGGCGCCCUGCUGCCAGAACAUCUGAGCCCUCUGGGGUGCCCCCACCCUGACACCCCCCCACCACCACCCCCCAGCACAUGGUGGCAUCAUGUUUCUCACCCUCUACCUCUGCUUGCUGCAGCCCCCCAGAACAGGGUGGGCUGGUGGCUGCUUCUGCAUGGCUGCUCUUGUGUGCACCAUCAUGCUGCCUGCGUGCUGCUCUCCCUGUGUUUUUAUGUAGGACCUACACAAAUAGGGGGGAAAAAGCAUCAGGGUCUCUCCCCGUGGUUUGGGACAUGCCAUCCCCUCGUGUCCCUGCUUCCUCUAGCCCUGAAGGCACAGUCACCGGGUGACUCAGGGUGGCACAUAACAAGCCCAAACAUCGUGACUCCCUUGUUGGGCGCCACAUUUUUGCAGCACCCCUGGGUGCAGCCCUUCAGGGUGGGGUGCGGAGGGGGACACUGGGUGCACCCUUCUCUUGCCUGGUGAAGCAAGCAGCGACACAGCUGGUUACACCCAGCCCUGCCACUUCAACACCGAGGGCUGGGUGUGCCUCUGGGUGCUGCUGGGGCAGCUGUGGGACACCCCAGUGUGGGGUGCAGGGGGUGACUCCCUACUCAUGCCUGGAAGCACCCUGUUUUUCAUGCUGUGAGCCCCUUGAGGCGUGCCUGCGGCACAGCCCAGCAAAGGGAAAAGCUGCAUCUCUUCCACUGCUGCCCUGGCCCAGGGGGACUG